CAGCGCUGUCGUCUACAGUCACAGGCAACAUCCAAAUCGACCGUACAGAGAAGAGCUGCAAAACUUGUUACAUUAUCAGCACUUGUUUUUUUGUUUUAAGAGUAAAGUUUUUCACUGAUGGAGCAUGGUGACAGGGUUUAUCUGUUAAUCUAGCCUGGCUAAAGCUGAAUGUCAAAAUUUACACCGUCAGGAGUCAACGGGCUAGCCAACAGGCAUGGAUGCAUUGGUGUUGGGCUGCUGCUUGUGCUUUGUGCAUGGACUACUACACGCUACAGAGGGUUUAACUUCAGGAAGGGUUCUCCACAAGGGAAAAGUUCCCCCACAUAUUGUUUUUGUGAUGGUAGAUGACCAAGGCUACAAUGACAUCGGGUACCAUGGCUCAGAGAUUCACACGCCUGUGUUGGACCAGCUGGCUGGUGAGGGGGUGAAGCUGGAAAACUACUAUGUUCAGCCCAUCUGUUCUCCCUCACGUAGCCAGCUUAUGACUGGACGUUAUCAGAUUCAUACUGGGCUUCAACACUCGAUCAUCCGUGCACGUCAGCCCCUCUGCUUGCCCCUCGAUGUAACUACACUCCCUGAGCGGCUAUGGCAGGCUGGCUACAGCACCCACAUGGUCGGAAAGUGGCAUUUGGGCUUCUGUCGACCUGAGUGUUUGCCAACCAGUCGUGGAUUUCAAAGCUUCCUCGGCUCACUGACGGGCAGCGGUGACCAUUUUACCUUCCAGAGCUGUGACGGCGCAGAGGCUUGUGGAUUCGACUUGCAUGAUGGAGACCGGCCUGCCUGGGAGCUGAAGGGGAAUUACUCAACAAGACUUUACACAGAGAGAGUGAAGCAAAUACUGAGAAGUCACAAUCGGCGGAAGCCCCUGUUUCUAUAUGUGGCCCUCCAAGCUGUGCACACACCUUUGCAGGCUCCUGCCCAUUUUCUCAGACUCUACCAGCACCUUGGCAAUAGACCCCGACGCCACUACGCCGCUAUGAUGAGCGCCGUGGACGAGUCUGUAGGGGAGAUUGUCAGCGAGCUACGGGAACAAGGCUACUACGACAACACGGUGCUCAUCUACUCCUCAGACAACGGGGGUCAACCUCUCUCGGGGGGCUGUAAUUGGCCCCUGCGUGGAGGCAAAGGCUCCUACUGGGAAGGUGGAGUUAGAGCGGUCGGAUUCGUACACAGCCCGCUUCUGAAAAAGAAAGGAAGGGUGAGUCAGGCUCUGACUCACAUCUCAGAUUGGUACCCAACCCUUCUGUCUCUUGCGGGUCUCCAAGUGCCUGAUUCCAGUCGUCUAGAUGGCCACGAUGUUUGGGGCUCCAUAACCAGUGGCCUGCCCAGUCCACGGACUGAAGUCCUUUUUAACAUCGACCCAGUUUCACGCAGGCAUGGUGAACCCCACCCCGUGCUGCUAACUCUCAACGGCUUCGGGAUCUGGGAUACAGGAGUGCGGGCAGCCCUUCGAGUCGGGGACUGGAAACUUUUGACAGGGAGUGUAGGCGACGGGGACUGGUUCCCCCCACAGACGAUGCCGGGAGGUCCCCAGCAGUGGCAGGGCAUGGAAAAGAGACGAGACCAGCGGGGAAAGUCUGUCUGGCUUUUCAACGUCACCGCUGAUCCUUACGAGAGGACAGAUUUGGCUGAGGCGCGGCCUGAAGUGGUCAAGAUGCUGUUGACCCGUCUGGCUGAGUACAAUCGGACCGCUGUGCCUCCACGCAACCCACCCGAUGACCCGAUGGCAGACCCGCAGCUUCACGGAGGGGUGUGGACUCCUUGGCUUGGUGAGGAAGAUCCAGGAGAUGAUGGGGAGGAUUCAGAUAGUGGCAGCAGAAAAGGCAGAUAUAAAAGAACCUGCAGAGUCUGUAAACUCAGAGCUCUGUUCAGAAAGGUUCGUACUCGUAUGCAAAGGGCGGCUUUAUUCUUGUAGUUGUAAACAGGGGACGAAUGCACUCAAAAUGAGUUUAUGCUGCUUGGCAUAGCUGUCUGUUUAUUCCAGUUGGUACACAGUUUGUUUUCUUGCAUUUCAGUGAACACAGAAAGUGAAUUCUUGUAUUUUUUGUAUUCCAGUGAAUACAGAGUGUGCACUGAUGUUGACAUGAACUGCCAACAAUAAUUCACAAUUAUGAUGGUCGGCCUUGUCACAUUCUGUAUGUUUAGAUGUCAGCUAUCAGGAAUCGGUAUUUAUCAGCAUUCAUCUGUAUGAUGCAGUGGAUAUAACACGUGCUGUUAAUGUGAUCUAGACAGCAGCAGUCUAGAUUUAAUCACAUGUGACUCCACAAGCACUUAAUGGAGAUAGUAUUGUGCCUUUAUUAGAUGAUCCAGUUAUUUAACCACAGAAAAUGAUAUAAGUAGUGCCACUGAUUGUUCUACGCUUGCUCGUGGAUCAGCGCUCUCUUAUCCACCCCCUACUUCACAUUCCACACUCUUCUCAAUCUCUGCCUCGCACUCCUCCUCACGCCUCCACCUUUCUCCUACCUCUUGCUUUAAAGCUUCUGCGCUAUCCAAAUCCUCUCUGAUGUAGCCCACCUCAGCCAGAACAACACACACGCUUCCUCAUUCUUUAUGCAUUUUCUGUUCCACCUUUUCUCUUCCUCUUGAUUUUCUCAGUUCGGGAGAAGAUCAGGUCAACGCAUAUGUAAAAGCGAAAAAGAAUAUCAGGCCAAAUAAAUGAGGAGAUGUGAUCCUUUAUUGAAAAAGAGGAACAUACGAAGAGGUGGAAGAAUUAUGCUCUGUAUUCAGGACUUGAUGCAGUGUCAUGUAUGUUUUUGUAAAUUUGGCCUCAUGUUAACGCUCAUACUCUGAUGUAGUACUCUGUACAAGUGUUCUUGUUUAUAAAGCCCACAUCAUCUCCUAUUCCACAGAAUCUGAAGGGAACAUCGCCUCUGAUUUCUUGGCAGUAACAUGUUACCCCUGCGAGAUAUGGUCACACAGUAUAGUCACAAACCAUAAAUUAAUAGCAAACAACCUCUAUCCAGCUGCAGGGGAGUGACCCGUACUCAAUGCAAUUUGUAUUGUGCAAUUACACAUGGAUAUUGUUUGCGAAAUCCCACUGUAAUAUAUGUCGAAAUGUUUAAAAGGAAUAGGAAUCUAGAGCAAGGUAAUAGACAAUACUAUUAGAGCUGUGAUAAUGUAAAACAGAUGUUCCACAGAAAGAGUUGUUGUGAUCUUUGUUUCUCAAGGGUGUUCUUGUUCAGAUUGAUUAA